GAUUGUGAUAAGAAGGUUAUUGACCCGUAUGCUACGCCUAAGGAACUUGCUCACUAUGACUUUACUGUUAAUAUUCUUCUACAUGCUAAAGUCUUAUAACAACUCGGGCUCGAACAUAUUUGUAAUGGAAACAUUAACAAAAUCGGGUAAUAAAAUGGACAGUGUGAGCAUUUUUGUACCAAAGAGUAUGAAGAAAAUUGAUUGGCAUAACUACACUCAAAUUGAAAUAGAAAAGAGUCGAGUUGGCAUUGGUGAGCAUGGAUUUGCAGCUCACAAUCCACCAGAAGUGGCAAAUCUUGAAAAAAAACUGUAUGAUGUGAAUGGAUUCAAUGGUUACCUCAGCGAUUUGAUAGCUUUAGACCGCUCCGUACCGGACAUAAGACACCCGGGCUGCGCGAACAAGAUGUACAUAGAAUCCCUGCCGACAGUGAGUGUGGUGGUUCCCUUCCACAAUGAACACUUCAGCACAUUACUGAGGACCGCACAUUCAGUGAUCAACCGGUCGCCACCUCACCUCAUCAAGGAGGUGCUACUGGUCGACGAUUGUAGUUCCAAAGUCUUCCUGAAAAAAGAGUUGGAGGAGUAUCUAGCGAAGAAUUUGACCAAAGUGAAAGUGGUCAGGUUACCGCGACGCAGUGGUUUGAUCACCGCGCGGUCGGCGGGUGCGGCGGUCGCUACGGCCGAUGUCCUGAUCUUCCUGGAUUCCCACACUGAGGCUAAUGUCAACUGGCUACCCCCUUUGCUGGAGCCCAUAGCCCUGGACUACCGCACGGUGGUCUGCCCCUUCAUCGACGUGGUGGCGUACGACACGUUCGAGUACCGCGCCCAGGACGAGGGCGCUCGAGGGGCGUUCGACUGGGAGUUCUUCUACAAGAGGCUGCCCGUCUUGCCCAAGGACGAGGACAAUAUGCCCGAGCCUUUCGAGAGUCCAGUAAUGGCGGGCGGUUUGUUCGCGAUUUCGCGCGCUUUUUUCCAAGAGCUGGGCGGCUACGACCCCGGCCUCGACAUCUGGGGCGGGGAACAGUACGAGCUCAGCUUCAAGAUCUGGCAGUGCGGCGGGCGCAUGCUGGACGCGCCAUGCUCCCGCGUGGGUCACAUCUACCGCAAGUUCGCGCCCUUCGCCAACCCCAACCACGGGGACUUCGUCGGCAAGAACUACCGUCGCGUGGCGGAGGUGUGGAUGGACGAGUACGCGGAGUACCUGUACAAGCGGCGGCCGCACUACCGCGCCAUCGCGCCCGGCGACCUCAGCGACCGCCGCGCCAUCCGGGAUCGGCUGCACUGCAAACCAUUCAAGUGGUUCAUGACAUAUGUGGCCUUUGAUCUACCAUUCAAGUAUCCUAUGGUCGAACCAGAUCCAUUCGCUCGUGGACGUAUAAGACCGAUGUGGAACCCUAAGCUGUGUGUGGACGCGAAGAACGGCGCUCAGUCGGACGCGCUCGCGCUCAGCUUGUGCUCAAACCCCAAAGUGGAAGCGGAGUUCAUCUUCACUUGGCAUAAAGACAUCAAAUUACAGAACCGCAACAUGUGCUGGGACCUGCCCAACUCCGGCGCCCGCAGCAAGGUGCAGCUGUACUCGUGCCACCUCGGCGGCGGCAACCAGCUCUGGAGGUUUCAUCUCGACACGAAGCAGAUCCGUCACGGCUCCAGCUGCCUGGACUACGACCGCGGCUCCGGAGAACUGUUUGUGAACCCGUGCGACGACAAGAGUCCCACGCAGCAGUGGAAGGUGGACAUGAUUGACUUCAAGAUGAUGAGCACCUGGGAUGAGGAGCGCCCACGGCCCACCGGACCCCCGUCAGAGAAGUGAGACUUGUUGUCACGGAUGCAGAGUUGAUUUUUGAAUGCAAGUUAUGAAUUCGGUUUUGACAGCGAUUUGGACAUAUGUUUCAUAAGAUAUGCCUUUAGAAACGUUCCACUACGUCUAAAAGAAUAGUUAUUUUCCUUUAAAUAAUACAGGAUAUUGCUUGACCACAAAAUAAUUACAGGAUUCAACUUUUGGAUAUUAGAUGCAGCAAGUGGAAUUUUGCACGUAAUUAAAAAUUGAGCUUUAUUACUACACGUGUAGGGUUGAUUUUUGAUUGAACUUAAUUCUGUGUGUAAACGUAUUGAAUCGGGGCUAUAUCCGAACGUAUAAGGUUAGUCAAAUAAAAUUUUUGAGUGAACGGGUGACUAGGUUAUAAUGACUCGUAUUGCUUUAAUAAUAGAGGUCAAUGUUGCAAUUAUACAGGUAAUGUGCUUAUAUGGAAAGUGUGAUUUUUAUGAUUAUAAUGUAGAAUUAUUAUUUUCUACCAUAUACGAAUGUCUAACAUGUAAUUUCUAAUUAUUUACGUAUCAAUAAUUUAUUUAUUUAUUAAUUCAAAUGGUGACUUCUGAUAUAAAUUAUAAAUUCAAUUCAAAUUUAAAAAUAAAUUCAUUUGUUUCUACUUCGUGAAGACGAAGAACACGUAAAAAACACGUGUAUUAGAUUUAUAUACGUAACAUGUGAUAUUAAAGUAUUUAAUUUAUAACAAUGCCAUGAUAUUAAAGUCGAUUUUAUGAUGAGUUUAAAAAUAUUAGGUUUAUUUUUUUUCCAUUUAAACUCGCGUGUAUUUUAUUAAUUGUUGAGUAUAAGAAUUAAGUUAAAAGUCAAAAAUGUUCUAUGUGUAUAUGAGUGUAAUAAUGUUCCUUAAAAUUUACAAUUAUGUAGUAGAAAAAAAAGCGUUUUAGACUAUAAUGUAAUUUCUACUUUUUAAUUAAUUGUAAUUAGUGCAAUAAUUUAGUUUUAAUGUGUGUUUAAAAAAAGAGAAUGCAGUACUUUUAUUUUUGCUAUCCAUUUAUAAUUAUAAUUUAUGUGAUAUCAGAUAGCCAUUAAGACGAUUACCGCUUUGCAAACUAGCGCCACUGUGAAAAUUAAAUAAACAUUUAAACAGAUUAUGCCACACAUGGAAAGUAUUUUCGUAUUUUUUAUAAUACAAUGUGGUCACAGCUGCUGUGAGACACAGUAGUCUAAAAGGAAUUUAAUGUUACCACCUAUUUCGAUUUAGUCAACUUGUGCAAUGAAGAAUUUUAGUAGAAAGUAUAAUAUAUUUUGUACUUUCUACUAAAAUUAUUUAUGUAUUCUUUAUGACGUUAAAAACUGUUGAAUAUUAUGUUUUGAGACGUGAUUAUCUCGUGACUUGAAUGUUUGUUAAAAAUAAGUACACAAAAAACGUAUACAAGGAAGAUACAAUGCCCAGCGAUGGACUUAUCCCAUGGAGGGAUCUGUUAUAAUGAACCGUGGACGAUAACGUUUUUUUUUUUUUUGAGACGUAGAAAUUUUGCAAAGUGUGAACUCAUUUUGUUAUUUAGCAGUUUCAAGUAUGACACUUAAUUUGUGUCACUGUUUAGUGUUUUUUUUUGGUUAAGUGGCUAAGUACACUGUUCAUACACUUUUUGAAAGCAUUAGUCACUAUAGAAUAUGUUGUACUGAUAGCAUAGUUGUAUGUUGUUAUGUUUGCGCGAAGGAGUGUUCGAGUCUAAGCUGCGUUCCUUGUAAAGUAAUUGAAAUACAAAUUGUUGUUCGCAUAUAUUUUAGGUGUAUUAUGAAAACAUAUCACUAGUUGUACGCAAGCACUUUUAUAAGUGGAUAUAUUUUGUGUUAGAUUUGUAUAUAAGACGGAUUUUUUAGUCAGAUACAGUCUGUCAAGAAAGCGAAGAAAUUUAAUGAGGGCACUGUCUCCUAUCGGCUGGUAACACUGUCUGUUUAACAACCAAUCUUGACCAUUCUUUUUCGUAUUGCAUUGAGAAAAAAAAUGUAUUUGUCAAAAAUCUGUAAUCAUCACUUUCUUGACAGACUGCAAGUAAUAUUUGAAACAUUUCUAAACAUUUGAAUUAAAAUGAAAUUAUGUUAAAAAUUACCUCGCAUUUAAAGUUUUUUUUUUUUUAAUUUUAAUAUUUAUGUCUCCAUUUCAAUGGCAAAGCUGCGUUAUAUUAUCGUUUUAUUUUUUUAUGUAAACACACGGCAAAAAUAAUUGUUACGAGUUGAGUUGAAAGUUGUGUUGUACAAUUGUUUUUUUUUUCUUUUAAAGGCGCAUUUAUAAGUAUUAAUGUGAUUAGUAUGAUAGUCAGUUAAAAAUAAACCUAUUUUUGUAACCGUAUUGGGCAUUUAAUUACUAACAUAGUAUAGUAUUAAGUCAAAUUGCUACUAACAAUGUGGGUCUAUUGUUAUCGUAUAAGGCCUCCUUCCGUCUCCGCCAACCAGUCCUGGUCAUCCCCAUCCAGUUAUUGCCAGCAAUUUCCUUUACAUCGUCGAUCUAACUGGCUGCCGCUUAAUAUUCCUUUUUGUUACUAUUAUUUGUUGCCAUAAUUAAUAUAACAUUAAUAUAUAAUGAAUAUAUCGUUGUGAAUUUGUAAACUGGGCAUGCUGUCUGUGAAUCCAUUUAUUGUCUAUGAAAAUAUAUGUCAAUUUGCACUAGCUUUUGGCCGCGGCGGCAAAAAGAAGCCUAUGUACGUGGUUCUUUAGUUAUAUACAUACUAAAUUUCAUUAAAAUCGGUCCAACGGUUUAGCCGUGAAAACGUACAGACAAAUAGACAGAUGCAUUUUCAGAUUGUGCACUUUUGUCUGUUGUAUUGUAGAUCCCAAAUGGAUGGACCGAUUUUGAAAUAGUUAUUUAUGGGCGGCGGCCGCUGCGCUAUGUUUUGAACAGAAUAUUGUUCAAAACAUAAUUUUAUCGUUGUAAAACACGUUCGACCACGCCCCUUUUUAUGUUUUUGAACAAAUGUUCUGUUCAAAACAUGGCGCAGCAGACCCGGUUUUAGUUCGACUGAAUCGAGUUCCAAUGUCGCUGGUUUUUUAAAUUUUGUAGUGCAUAAUGAAGGGUAUGAUUUAAAGAAAACUACAGCGAUUAUAUUUUAAUAUUUUAUUACAUAUUCCAGUAGAAUACUUUCUAUAUUUAUUACAUCUUAUUGUACAUGCUUACAUCUCCGCAGCACGCACACGACCCUAGGAGAGUUACUGCAUUUUAACUAUACAUCCAAAGAUCCACGGCUUGUGUGCUGGUAUGACAAAAAAAAAAGAAAAAAAAGUAAAA